AUGCUCGCGACGUCCAUGCCCGUACCGCUGAGUCAAAGCACAUCGCGACAGACACCAGGCGGCGUACGCUACUCGCCAGACUCACUCUCGCUCUCGUCCUCAUCCGAGAGUAGCAAGCGCGUGCAGACGAGCUCGCCUGCGAAUCGAGGAACGCGCACGUCACAAUUCGUGCAAAACAGCCUUGCAAGUACGCCUCUUGCCCCUCGCCGAUACACAGUGACGCCCGCAGCUUCAAGUGCUUCGACUGCCAGUAGUCUCACUCUCGUCGACGGCGCGCAGCAGCGGGACGCGUCCGACUCGCCUUCAACCGCUGCCGCGUACAAGGGCAAAACGACGACAGAGGGCAUCCAUGCAGCCCUUGCGCCGUCUAGCUACUCUGUCUGGAAAUCACAGCAGCAAGCACAGACCAGUCAAGCAAGGACGCGCUUUGAGCCGAGCAAGAUGAUGUCCUCGCCUACAGUGGAGCGGAAAGAGCCAGAUUGGCCGGCAGAGAGGCCGCGCACUCGCUUCGAUCUGCCCGAGUCAGAACAAGCCGAUACCAUCACUUCCGGCACUCAGUCAGGGUCAGACUCGGACGUGGAGGCGAAAGGCGCUCACACAACGAAUGGUUCUGUCGGCCGUGGCGCAUUGCUGCAAUCAAAAGGAGACGAUUCCGAUGCAUCUGAAGCUUCGCCGCCCAUGCGAUGGACAGCAUCGGCAUAUGCAGCCCAUGCUAGCCGUAUAGCGACCUCAGUAUCCAAGACAGCGCCUGCUUCGAGCACGCCUCUAUCGCUGAGGCAGCAGAUCAGGCUCGAACGCGCCCAGAGGAGGGAGGCCGAGCAAAGAGACGAACAGCGUUUGGACGCUGGCAGGGAACAGCUUGUUCCUCAUCGUCAAACACAUGUCCAGUCUUACUUGGAAAGCCUGCCCGGAACUCAGCAGCGAGGGUCUCCUGCCCGACUGACCGCGUCGCUCCGUGAGCCACCUUCAGGAUCCAGUCCUGAUCAUAGCGUGUCCCUCAAUGCCGGCACGCCAGCAGCUCGACUACGUGAUGCGUUUCAGCGAGCAAUGAGUCCAACCUCGCCCAGCCCGAUCGCCAUGCCAUCGCGACUGCGCAGCUCGAGAAGUCCCGAGCCAAUUGCAGCAGCGAGUCCGUUGACGCGCUCCUCGGCCGGCAGAGAGCUAGGACGGGAGCCAGUACUGCCCGUACGUGUCUCUCCGCCUCGGCCACCCUUGUCGACCGCUUUCUUACGGCGACGGCCCUUGCUCCAGCCCGGCGAGAAGACGUCGUCGUCCGAAUCGGAGCCAGAGCGCGGCGAUGAUGACGAGGCCGGUCAAUCUUUGAGCUACUAUCCCCCUGCGAGACCAGCUCGCGUAAAUGUCGGCUCGCUGCCAAAUCAUGCCUCGGCCAGGACGAGCGACCAGCCUGCGAGAACGCAGUUCUUGUCCAAGCAACAGCAGAGUUCAGCAGAGUCGGAAAAGCAGACGGAAGCGACAGACGAGGAAGAAGAGGAGAGUGAAGAAGGCGUAGGCGCCGAAAGCGACAAGGAGAUCGUGCUCAGUCGUUUCAAAUUCUCCACGCCGUCGCAUAAAUCUGCUGCUCUAGAUGUUCCUCCCACACCUCACGUGCCGGGUCAUCUGAGAACGCCCGCAGCCGUCGUAACAGCGGGUGCGAACGAUGAGCUCGCGCAGACUCCGCCAUCCCACUCGGGUCCCCUCAGCAUGCCUACGCCACAUGCACCGGGUCAUUAUGCGCAGACGCCCGCGAAGAUGGCCGAAUCUGUUGUCGAUACUUCUGCUGCGACGUCUCACGAGCCCUCGCCUGCUACGACAGAUUUUAUAGGUAGCAGCAUCGCUAGCGCGCCCAGUGACUACAAACCGAUACAUUUCAAGCCUGUCAAAGACACGACAGUGACAGAAGGCCCUGCACCAUCGCCACUGUCCGUCAAGCGCGAUAGCAAGCAGUCUAGAGAAGAUGUUCGCACGGGCAUACAGCAAGUGUUCGAGCGCCUGAACGAAUUGAUCAGCGGUCUCACAACUUCAAACGAAUCUGCUACAAUCGCAUCGGAAGCGCUCGAACGGCUGUCAAAAGAGGACGAAAUAGAACAAUCGGCCGAUCUCAUCGCUCGAUUACAAUCAGAUCGGCAGGAAUUGCAAGCCAAAGCGUCCGAAGCUGCAGCACUCGAACAAGAGCUUACUGAGCAGCUUGCAAGGCUACAAGCAAGCGCGCCCGUUGAGCCAGAUCGCGUACCAACCGCUGCUGCUCAGCCGGAUGCAGACACACAAUCACGAGCAGUCUGGCAGACGAGCUUACCGCUCGCAUUGCUCGCUUCUCAGCUACUGUUCAUCGUAGCAAUCUCGAUCUGGAGUUCGCCACUGCAGCAGGCGUUGAUCGAUCUCUUCACGCUCCAUGACAUCGAUUUGAGUCUCGUUUGCAGGCGGAUCCUCGAUCUGGCAGCGGGAAGUGUCGCUUUCCUGUCGCAAUGGAGCAAGGAGGGUGCGAGUGCAGAGACGCAUAGUCAUCUGGCCGAGGUUAUCUUGUUGUAG